AUGGAUUAUAAGGCAAUUGCCCAACAAACUGCCCAAGAAGUUUUAGGUUAUAAUCAAGAUACAUCGGACUGGAAAGUGGUUAAAAUUUCAAAAAAGAUAACUGUUUCCAGCAAGCCUUCUAGAAAAUUUCGUGGAAAUCUUUAUUUUCUUAGUGAUUGCUGUAGGGAUAACAAUAUACAUCUUAACUUAUCAGAAUCUACUUCAGAUUUUAUACUAAAUUCCAGUAAGGACACAUGCAUAUGUCAUUCCAUUACACAAAGUUUUGCCUUGGGCUCAAUUUCCCCUCGAGACUUUAUCGACUUAGUAUACAUUAAACGCUGUGAAGGGAAUAUGGACAUUAUCAGUUCUAACAGUGUGGUUUUUCCAGAAUAUCCUCCAUCUUCAAAUUAUAUCCGUGGUUAUAACCAUCCUUGUGGCUAUGUAUGUUCACCACUGAGAGAAAACCCAGCAUAUUCCAAACUAGUGAUGUUUGUCCAGACAGACAUGAAAGGAAAAUUGUCCCCAUCAAUAAUUGAAAAAACCAUGCCUUCCAACUUAGUAAGCUUUGUCCUCAAUGCAAAAGAUGGAAUAAAGGCAUACAAAACUCCAUCAGUACGUGGAUGUCAUCAUAAUGGUCAUUCAUCAUUCCAAAAGAAGAAAUGA